CUAAAUAAAUACAAUUAGAAAAAUGAAUCAAGAAAAUGGAAAAGGGCGUAUGGUUCAGCGACCAUUUAUCUCCCCAAUCCGGCGACGUCUUGGAGCUGGAACUAGGUUUGCUAUAGCUUGGGACUCGGGACUGCAAACAAUUCAUUCUAACCUUCACUCCUUAUCAGAAUUAGCAAAAAAAAAAAAAAAAUGGCACAACCUUCUCCCCGACUCCCCAUUUUCCCAACCCUGGUCGAAUUCAUUUUUCCCAUCUCGCCGGUUCAGUUUGUCUAAUUUCAUCGACCAUCUCCCCUGUGCUCAUCGAUCACUAUAAUCCCCAGGCAUUCAACUUGGCAUAGAACUCAAAGGUUUGAUCUUUCACUAUUUUUUGAUAUGUGCAUUUCGGUUUGCUUAAUCGUCCAGAACCAUGGAUUCUCUAUUCAUGUUUCUUCUCUUUAAUACCUCUUUCAGUGAUUCAAUCGAAGCCAUUUCUCCGAAUUUCAAACCUUUUCUUCUGGCGAUUUCUAGGGUUUGAAAGGGGGAUUUUCUGGGAUCUUCUCAGCAGAUCCUUCUUCCUGUUUUGCUCCUCUCCAACCUCUUCUCGUCGAUGUCAAGCAAGUCGGCCAACAAUUCUCCUCUAAGAUUCACCAAACAAACACGCCUUCCACCCUUGAAGUCGCGUUCUAUCGAGAAGUUGUUGUCCAAGUUGAAGUCCGUUGUUGCUAUUGUAAAGCUGAGCCCAUAAGUUUCGAUUUCCCACGAAGUCUUUGUCCAAAUUGAUUCCUAUUGCCGGUCCAUACACAGUACUUUCAUUGAUCGGGUACGUAGCUCCUUACAGGAUUUUGCGGCUAAAAUUUCCAUCAUACAAGAGUAAAUUAUAUUAAAACAUUUGAGUUUAACUUAUAUGGAAAGAGUGGUAGAUUCACAAGCGACUGACUAUUGACUAGAAACUUGAGAGUCUGCAAUUUUGAGAAUAGGGUCGAAACAGAGGAAGCGAAUGAAGGGGAGAUGGGAAAGGUGUUUACAAAAAGAUUGUUCUUUUUCUAGUUAAAUUGAUUCAUUAAUGCAUUGUGAUCAAUACAUGUAUAAUGUUAUAUAUAUAUAAUUAAUAGAAUUCUUGUAUUGUGUUAUGCAUCAUUUAGAUUUUGUCGACAUUUAUUUUAGUAUUUUACUAAGUUAAUUUUCUUUUUGUGUGAAAAAAUGGAUUCGUAGAAAUAAAGACAUCGUGGGGUUAUUAUUGGGCUAGCUAUAGUUAGUUAUAAUACUAGAGAACCUCAUUAUUUUAAUGAAUAAAUGUUUUAAGAAAAUUAUGGAAGAUAGGAGAUUUGGUUUGCAUAGUUUCCUAUUUCUUUCUAUUUUGUCUGUUUGUAGCGAUGUCACUUUGUUGAUUAUUAUGGGUUUCCCAAGAUUGUUUACGGAAGAUGUUAAUGGUUGAUAACUCAAAACUAAGGCAGUUUUUAUUUCUUUGUUUAGGGAAAGUUUGGGUGAAACUUCUUCGAGAAAGGGAAAGAAAGCUUCAGAGAAGUGAAGGUCUAAUAUAAGGUUCUAUCUCUUAAAACUCCAUUUACUAUUUAGUUGUGUUUGUUUCUUGUUAUUAAUAGUAAUAAUAAAAAUAAUAUAUUGCAUGGUAUGUGUUGGUAAUUCUCCGUGGUCAAACAUUAAUCAUGUUUAAGUUGAAAUACUUGUUUUUAAUAGGAUGGAUAGAUCUUGGAUGAAGAAGAACAGAUUUAGUUUAGAAUAUAUUGAGGGAGUAAGAUCUUUCAUGCUUUUUGUUGAAGAUCAGAUGGGUCGUGAUAAUACAAUUCGUUGUCCCUGCAAUAAAUGUUUGAAUGGCUUAACCCAAACUCAAAGUGUAGUCUUGGCACACUUAAUGAUUAACGGGAUGGACUCUGGCUAUACCGUAUGGAUAUACCAUGGCAAGUCAUCUCAAUCUCACUCCCACUUGGAUAAUACGAGUGUGGGGGAUGAUUAUUUUGAUGAUUCAUUGUAUGGGCAUGUGGAUGAAGAGGAUCAUGUGCUUGACUUAUUAGAUGAGUAUCAAAAUUUUAUCACUAGUGAAGUAACAUCCGAAGACGACUUUACUGGAAACGGAUAUGAAGAAUUCCUGAAAUUGUUAGAGAAAGCAAAUUCAGAAUUAUAUCCUAGUUGUGCUAAGUAUUCAAAGUUCUCGUUUGUGGUGAAGUUACUUCACUUGAAAGUGUAUAAUAGAUGGAGUAACAAGUCAUUUGACAUGCUACUUAACCUUCUAAAGGAUGUUUUCCUUGAAGGUAACUCUGUACCCAAUUCCUAUUAUGAGUCAAAGAGUACGUUGCGCAGCCAUGGAUUUGGAUAUGUUCCUAUUCAUGCAUGCCCAUACGAUUGUGUCUUAUAUUGGAAGGAAAAUGAAUUUCUAGAAGAGUGUCCAAUAUGCAAGACAUCUAGGUGGAAAGUUGAUGAUGGAAAAGGGGAAAAAGUUCAUUGGAAAUUUCUCCGAUACUUUCCCUUGAAACCUAGACUUCGUAGGCUGUUUAUGUCAAGCAAAACUGCAAGUGAAAUGAGGUGGCACAAAGAAAAACGGAACGAUGAUGGAGAGUGGUUGAGACAUCCUGCAGAUUCAAAGGAAUGGAAGGAUUUUGACAUGGAAUAACCAUCAUUUGCGGCUUGACUCUUUUAAUUCCUGCCCCUACAGCUCCUGGAAAGGAUAUAGACAUUUACAUGCAACCUUUGAUUGAUGAGCUAAAGGAGUUAUGGUUGGAUGGAAUAGAAACAUUUGACAAUCAUUCAAAGAGUAAUUGUCAACUUCAUGCUGCAAUGUUAUGGACAAUUAAUGAUUUUCCAGCGUAUGGCAAUUUAUCUGGAUGGAGCACAAAGGGUUGUCUUGCAUGUCUUGUUUGAAACAAGGAUACAUCUUCUCAAAAGUUAAGGAGCAAAAUUGGAUAUUUGGGUCAUCGUCGUUUUUUACCUAUUCAAUAUAGGUGGAGGAAAGAUAAAAAUUUCAAUGGGAAACGUGAAAUUCGACUUCCUACACCGUGUUUGGUAGGCGAUGAUGUGGUGGAACAACUAAGGCAGGUCGUUUUUUACCUAUUCAAUAUAGGUGGAGGAAAGAUAAAAAUUUCAAUGGGAAACGUGAAAUUCGACUUCCUACACCGUGUUUGGUAGGCGAUGAUGUGGUGGAACAACUAAGGCAGGUCACAGAGAGGCUUCCUGGAAAGCAUCCUAAAAUUGCCAACAAGAGGAAGCGCUCAACUGAGGAUUUGAACUGGGCGAAGAAGAGCAUUUUUUUCACUCUUCCUUAUUGGAGAAGGUGUAAGUUGAGGCAUAAUUUGGAUGUAAUGCAUAUCGAAAAGAAUAUUUGUGAUAAUGUUAUAGGGACUUUGUUGGAUAUCCCUAGUAGAACCAAAGAUACUGUGAAGGCAAGGCAAGACUUGGAAGAUAUGGGCAUAAGGAAGGAAUUGUAUGUUGUGAAAAGAAGUGAUGGGAAAUAUGAUAUGCCUCAUGCUUGCUACAUUAUGAUGAAAGAAGAGAGGACAGAUUUCUGUCAAUUUUUGAAAGACGUUAAGUUUCCAGAUGGUUAUGCUUCAAAUAUCUCAAGUUGUGCCAUUCCCAAAGAUGGCAAGGUUUUGGGGUUGAAAAGUCAUGAUUGUCAUAUCCUGCUUCAAAGAUUGUUACCUAUUAGUGUUCGAGGAAUCAAGGACCAACGUGUACGGACUGUUGUGGCUGAACUAGGGGAUUUCUUUCAUCGCUUGUGCCCCAAAUCGAUAAAUAUGGCAGCCUUGGAUAAGUUAAAUUCAGAUAUCAUCACCAUUCUGUGCAAGCUAGAAAUGAUUUAUCCUCCGGCUUUUUUUUUAUGUAAUGGUGCAUCUAGCCAUUCACUUACCCCAUGAAAUAAAACUAGGUGGUCCCGUACAGUAUCGAUGGAUGUAUCCGAUCGAAAGUAAUUGAAAACCUUAGCCUAUGAAAUAUAAAUGAGUUUUAUUGACUUAGAUGUCAUAGAUACUAAUGUUUCAAUUAUUAUGUUUUAGAUUCUUGAACACACUGAAAGGGUUUGUUCGAAAUAGAGCUCAUCCAGAAGGGUCCAUAGUGAAAGCAUAUCUUGUUGAUGAAUGUUUGACGUUUUGUUCCAUGUAUCUCAAUGGAAUUGAAACGCAAUUCAAUGCCCCUGAGAGGAACUUUGAUGUAGAAGUAGAUGAUGAACUAUCUAUAUUCUCAAGUAAAGUGCGACCUCUUUGUACUGGGGAUUAUGUUUCAUCAUCAACUGAAGAAUUGAAUAUGGCUCAUUGGUAUGUACUUAGCAAUUGUGAGGAGUUUCAACCAUAUCUUGAGUAAGUUCUUAGCAAUAAAUAGAAUUCAAAUAUAAUUUUUAGGGUUUUAGCAUUCUCAUACGUAAUGUGAUUUUAACUAGGGAGCAUUUGGCUUCAAUUGAUGUACAUGAUCCUGUGAGGAAACAACAAAUACACAAACAUGAAUUUUCAAGAUUGUUCAAAAGACGGGUGAGUUAAUUUGAUUUGAAUUUUACAAAAAGAAACACAUGUUAUGGAUUUCAUAAUUAACUAGUCUUUCAUUG